CUUUGCACCAAUUCGGUAGAAUGGCCCAUAUAAUGCAGAUUUAAGCAAUAGACUGAGUUCAAAUGCAAUGUCUCUCUUCUACAAUGAAGAGCUAAUUGAGUUCAACUUAGCCCUGAAAAUGUUCUUUAAGUCAUUCUUUCUCAUUCUCAACCUCACAUUGACUUUGCUCAGAAUAUCUAUAACAGUACAUGUGUGUCCCUCUUCUGCUUCCCCAGUUUGUUUCAGCAGCAUUUCUUGUAAUUUGUGAUUAAAAGUAGGAUAAUGGCUCACUUCAAUGCCUAGAGAAAUGUAAAAUGAAAUUGAUAUCAUGGGAAAAAGAGGCUAAGCUUUUGGAGAGGCUAUGAAAUAGUCAAGAUGUACAAGGUUUGUACACCGUCAAUUAUACAAGAUGCCAACACCUGUUACUAUGGGGCACCAAGUGUAACAAACCUUAUUUUGUUUACAGACAGCAUUCUGUGUUACAAUAUGUAUUCACUUAUUCUGAAACCAUGUCACACCGCAAUGCCUUUUGUCCACAAAGAACACACAAAUGUGUUAACAUUGUGUCCAGAAAAUAGGAGCACCUUCUUUAGUGCACUGAAAACAGAACAGAUGAUUCAUGUUGUGCACUGGAUUAACUGUUGUGCUUUUCAUUGUGUGGAUAAAAGACAUCUGCGAAAGCUCAAGCAGCCUUUGCUUUCGUGGACAGAAUGUCUUCUGUAGUUUGCAGACUCACAGAAGGUAUGGAGGAAGUCCUUUUGUGCAUAUAUACUUUCAGUAAUAUGGCCUAUGGACAUAAUUCAUUUUGUACUUUAACAAAACAGUGACAACUACGGAAGCUCAGGUAGCCUUUGCUUUCGUGCAUGGACUACUUUCUGUAUUUGACCAAAGCUCUUUUUGUACAUCAAAACUUUCAGUUAUUUGGCAAAACCUGGACAAGAUGAACAUUUAAUGUCACGGAUCGUAGUAUCGUAUAGUAUCAUAGUUGAGUCCACAAAGUGAGAAGUGCAUUCAGCCUUUUGUCCAAAAAAGCAGUAAAGUAAUUUUAGUGCACGACAUGAAUAAUUUCAUUUGCGCUCAAAAGAAUAUGGUUUGUUCAAUAUUUCAUGGACACAAUACAGUUUUUCGCGGACAAAGGGCAUUAUGGAUGCACGAUUGCAUUUUGAAGCACAUAAUGCGUUCUGUGUGUGAAAUAAGGUUCGUUACACUUGGUACUCCAUAUGUUAGGGCAACAUAAUAUAGCCUAACUGUUAUAUUAUGUACAGUAUAGGCCUAUCUCACUUAUCUUUAAUAUGUUUCAAAUUAACAAGUUAAAUGCUCAUUCAAAAUGCGUUAUAUUGGCAAUUUACAUGUGCAUCCACACAUACACCACUGACUGUUACAUUAUGUCAUCUGGUGGCGGAUUGUGCGAACUCUGGCAGAAUCAGAUAGGGGAUGUGGCUGCACAGCGAGAGCAUCCUCACCCGGCAGCGGCAGUGAGAUAACAGCGAGCACAACGCGGAUAGUGGCUGCAGCAUCAGCAGCCGAUCUCGAAUUCCUAACACCGGAUCCGCUCAUAUCACGGACUCCGGCGCGCACACAAAGGAGGUUUUGCCGACAAGGAGAAAGAUCGGAAUAGGUUGGCUACAACAUGGAUUCAAUAUACGCAGUGGAUACCGGACAUAGACCGGGACUGAAGAAAUCUAGGAUGUCUUGGCCAUCUUCGUUUCAGGGUUUCAGACGCUUUGACGUGGACAAUGGUCCAGGCUCGGGCAGGAGUCCGCUGGACGCGAUGUGCAGUCCAGGCUCCGGGCUGGUGCUGCAGGCCAACUUCGCUUCGCACAGCCAGCGGCGAGAGUCCUUCCUGUACCGGUCCGACAGCGAUUAUGACCUCUCACCCAAGUCCUUAUCCCGAAACUCCUCCAUCGCCAGCGACAUGCAACACCACCAACAGAGGCCUGGACUGGUCUCACGGAGGUCUGAACCUGUCAUAAGUGGGACUCAUGGGGAUGACCUCAUUGUGACACCAUUUGCACAGGUAUUGGCUAGCUUGAGGACUGUGCGUAAUAAUUUUGCAGUGCUUACAAACAUCCAACAAGAGAGAACUUCAAACAAGCGCUCCCCUAUGUGUCCGUCAACAAAAGCCCCUAAGACCUCUCUCACAGAUGAUGCGUACCAGAAGAUGGCCACUGAAACCCUGGACGAGCUGGACUGGUGUCUGGACCAGCUGGAGACGCUCCAGACACGGCACUCUGUCAGCGAGAUGGCCUCCAACAAGUUCAAGAGGCUACUGAACAGGGAGCUGAGUCACCUGUCAGAGACAAGCAGGUCGGGGAACCAGGUCUCUGAGUUCAUAUCCAACACAUUCCUGGACAAGCAGCAUGACAUGGACGUCCCAGCGCCCACGUGUCUGCAGGACAAGGAGGAGAAGAAGCACAUGAGUCUGAUCAGUGACGUCGUUCAGCCCAUGAGUCUGAUCAGUGGCGUCAUGAAGCUGACACACAGCUCCAGCCUGACUAACUCCAACAUCCCACGCUUCGGAGUUAACACACACAAUGAGGACGCCUUAGCCAAGGAGUUGGAGGACAUAAAUAAAUGGGGCCUUAAUAUUUUUAAAGUCGCAGAGUUUUCUGACAACCGGCCAUUAACAGUUGUGAUGUAUACCAUCUUUCAGGAAAGAGACCUACUGAAGACAUUUAAAAUUCCAUUAGACACUUUUAUCACCUACCUGAUGACAUUGGAAGAUCAUUACCAUAGAGAUGUUUCCUACCAUAACAACAUCCACGCUGCUGAUGUCACCCAGUCCACCCAUGUGCUGCUCUCCACGCCUGCUUUAGAGGGUGUUUUCACCGACCUUGAAAUCCUCGCAGCUAUUUUUGCCUCUGCAAUUCACGAUGUGGAUCACCCUGGUGUUUCUAACCAGUUCCUCAUCAACACCAAUUCUGAGCUGGCUCUCAUGUAUAACGACACCUCUGUGCUGGAAAACCAUCACCUAGCUGUGGGCUUCAAGCUGCUGCAGGAGGAGAACUGUGACAUCUUCCAGAACCUCAACAAGAAACAACGAAGCACCUUCAGGAAGAUGGUCAUCGACAUGGUGCUGGCCACUGACAUGUCCAAGCACAUGAACUUGCUAGCUGACCUGAAGACCAUGGUGGAGACCAAGAAGGUGACUAGCUCAGGGGUGCUGCUGCUGGACAACUACUGUGACAGAAUACAGGUCCUGCAGAACAUGGUUCACUGUGCCGACCUGAGUAACCCCUCCAAGCCCCUGGAACUGUACCGCCAGUGGACCGACCGCAUCAUGCAGGAGUUCUUUAGCCAGGGAGACAGAGAGAGGGAGCACAGCAUGGAGAUAAGCGCAAUGUGUGACAAGCUCAUCGCUUCAGUGGAGAAGAGCCAGGUGGGGUUUAUAGACUACAUUGUGCACCCGCUGUGGGAGACGUGGGCAGACCUGGUGCACCCCGAUGCUCAGGAGCUGCUGGACACCCUGCAGGAUAACCGGGACUGGUACCAGAACGCCAUCCCCCAGAGCCCCUCGCCCCCACACACACGGCCCGGGGACCGGUUCCACUUCGAGCUCACAUUGGAGGAGGACGGCGAGACAGACACUGAGAAGGAGAGCGGCAGUGUGGAGGAAGAAGAGGAGGAGGAGGAGGAGGAAGAGCACAGAGAAGAGAACAAGAACAACCAGAGUCAGACGCUUUGCACACAAGACCCCCAGUCCCCUCAGCACGGGGGGGAGCGGUCAGGACAGGAGGAACUGGGGCCUAGUGACACAUAGCCUUGUGUGUGUGUGUGUGUGUGUGUGUGUGUGUGUGUGUGUGUGUGUGUGUGUGUGUGUGUGUGUGUG